GGACUUCGGACGGGAUUCACCAACCUCCACGAACGGAUGCAUCGUGCCAACGCAUUUGCGGCGGCCUUCCAGCCCGCCCUCGCGGAGAAGUUGAAUGCGUUCCUACGCUCCUCCCGCUCAGCGGCUCUCUCCAACACGUUCCAUCAACUCCACGUGGUUAUUGGAAACGAAGCCUGCGAUGCAGACUCCAUGGUGAGCAGCUUGAUUUAUGCAUUCUUUCGAGGUCAUAGCCAUGAGAUCUCCACGGGCAGCACCGACCCUCCACGAACAGUCUACUUGCCUGUCAUGAGCGUCGACCGUGAUCAGUUUCGACUGCGAUGUGAGACCAAUGCUCUUUUCGAUGCCGCCCACAUCGACGUCGAUGCUCUUGUGUUCCAAAACGAAAUCGACCUUCCCGCGAUUCACGCCACACAACAACUGAAGCUGACGUUGACUGACCAUAACAAACUCAAACGGGGGUACUCUUCCCUUGAAUCUGCCGUGACAUCCAUCCUGGACCACCACGAGGACCUGGGCAGCCAUGAACAAGUGACGGGUUCCCAUCGGCGCAUUGCGUUUGAGAAGACGGAGCGCGGUGGCAACGUGCUCGCAGGCUCGUGCUGCACGCUGAUCGCCGAGGAGAUCAUAGCAUCGGGGACGGCAAUCGACCCGUUAGUUGCAACGCUUCUUGUGGCCGUCAUUCUUCUGGACAACAUGAACAUGGAUCCAAAGAUGAAAAAAGGGACGCCACGGGACGUUGCCAUGGUCGACGCCCUCCUUCCGCACGCGUUGAUCGAGCGCACACCACUCUACGACUGGCUCGUGCUGGAGAAGUACAAUCCGGCCAACUGGGCCGCAUUUUCGUUUGGGAACUGCCUCCAGUACGAUUACAAGCAAUUCGAAUCGGCGGGUGUGUCGUAUGGGUGCAGUUCGAUUCUGGUUGAUUUGCCGUCGUUUUGGGCGGCGGGCGGCGGAGGCACCUCUGCCCUGGCCUUGCUCGAGAGUCAUCGCGUGUCGCAGGAGUUGGCGUUUGUCGUCGUUCAGUCCAUGAUCCACUCGGGCCCUCGGCGCCAGCUCCUCGUAUAUGCCAAGGACCCCGACUUGCAUGCGGCACUCAAGGCGCAUCUGGACAAUGUCGGUGUGUUGCAACUUGCCCCGCUUGACGUGCACUCAGGUGUGCACGCAUUCGAGCAGCACAACGUUGCGCUGUCUCGCAAGCAACUCGUCCCGCUGUUGGACGCAUUUCUCAAGCAAUUGCCGUCUCCAUUGUAGUCGCGAGUAUUUUGAAUCGUGUGGUUCGUGGUCACGUAAUAGCAACGAUUCGCACACA